AUGGAUUAUCCGACGAUUGAUUUGGAUUUGUUUCCUUGCUGGAACAAGAACUCUUUCGCGAAGGAAUCUCUCUCCACAGUGAACUAUAAAACGAGCCAUAUCAUCUAUUCACCUUGCCCGAAAAAGGGUGUAGAUUUGAUCUGUAAUGAUCCUGACAAUACAUAUCUUCAAAGACAAUUCAACAAACAGUUGCGUGUUCGCUAUAGUGUAAUGUAACAUAGUAUUUAUAUUAUAUAUGAAAAUAUGAUAUUCUUCU